ACAGAAUAAAGUAAGAGGAUAAUACAUUUUCCUUGCAAACCUAUUGCAUCAGAAUAUAGAGGUCUAGAGACGAGUCUAUGAGACCAAUGUCCAGGGCGUAAUUGUGACAAAAUUAGAUCAAACUAAAAUGACUGAGCCAGGAGAAGUGUUAAAAUCUGAGGAAAAAUCUCCACUAAACGAUGAUUCUACCAGAGUAGACAUAGAUGCUGACGAAUCCAGUGCUCAUCUUAUUAAAAAUGGCGGUGCAGGCGAUAUUCCCGACGUCGACGAAUACAAAACAACAGUUGUUGGAGAUAGAACUCCUGCAUCUUCUGAUGGUGAAGUGUCUUUUACUGGCUUAGGAAAAGAUGAAGUUCUAAGGUAUGCCAAUGAUCCAUUUUGGGUUAGACUGCGAUGGAUCUUGUUCAUCUUAUUUUGGGUUGGAUGGAUCGCUAUGCUUGUGACGGCCAUAACAAUUAUUGUAGUGGCGCCUCGCUGCCCACCAAGACCCGACCAGAAAUGGUACAACACUGAAACUGUUUACAAAGUUUUGGCCAAGUCAUUUAAAGAUUCAAAUGGUGAUGGUGUAGGUGACCACCCAGGAAUGUUAGAAAAGUUGAACUACAUAACUGACACACUUGGUGCUAAAGCAAUUUGGAUAAGUUCUAUCUUUAAAAGUGAUAAUGAUGGAGAAAAUGGUAUUAUUGACCAUAAAGAGCUCAGUGAAAAAAUGAAUGUUAAUAAAGCUGAUUUCAUUAAUUGGAUAAAGAAAAUGAGAAAAGAAGGCAAGAAGAUUAUUUUGGAUCUUAUUCCUAAUCAUUCAAGUAAGAAACAUGAGUGGUUUGAGAAAUUCUUGAAAGGUGAAGCUCCUUACAAAGACUACUACAUUAGCAAUAAGACUCAGGAAUCAUUAAAUUGGAAAGAUGAAAAAAACAAUUCACUUUGGGCUAAGGAAGGCAUUAUUGAAUACUUGCAUCAGUUCUCAGCAAGCCAUCCAGAUUUGAAUUUGAAAAAUCCAGCAGUUGUAGAUGAAAUUAAGAACAUUAUGAAAUAUUGGUUUGAGGCUGGUGUGAGUGGUUUUUACAUUCAUGAUUUGGAGUAUUUGGUGGAAGACUUAAAUGAUGUUAAUGGACAGAGCAAUACUCAAGAUACUCUUCAGUUUUUAGAAGAGUUGCGCAAGGUUGCCGAUGACUAUUCUGAUAAACCUGGUAGGGAAAGGGCUCUGUUUGGAUUUGUUCAGACGGCAGAUAGAAAUCAAACUCUUGAAUAUUGGGGUAAUGAUGAGAAAAAAAGACUGCACAUUGUCGUUCCAGAUCUAUCAAACAUAGAUCUAUCAUGCAAUUCUAAAUGUGUUAAAAAAUUGCUUGAGAACAUCUUGGAAAAGGAUAAGUGGUUAGGAUUGCAACUUACUAAUGAAAAGAGUGAUCGUGUUGCAACCAGACUGGACAAUAAAGAUGGCAAUUACAAAAAACGUUUGACAGUUGCCCAUGCUCUACAGUUGCUCAUUCAAGGCACUCCAAUAAAUUACUAUGGUGAUGAAAUUGGUCAAAGAAAUGGUGAAAAAAACUCUACAUUAAAUUUAAAUGGUAGGGAAGUUAUCAUGAGUCCUAUGCAAUGGAAUACUGACAAAUAUGCAGGUUUUUCUACCGUAGAACCAUGGUAUAGUGUCAGUACAACAUAUAAAUUGGAUAAUGUAGAUGGUGAACUUGCUCAUUUUACUACUUCAUCAUCUCUGAAACAGUUUAAAAAUCUUUUGAAGCUCAGAGAAAGGGAAUCAUUCCGCUGGGGUAAAACACAGGUUUAUGCACCAAACGAUGAUCUUUUGAUGUUUACACGCAAGGCUGAAAGAUUUCCUAGCUUUCUGGUAUUGAUUAAUACUGGUAAUUCAAGUCUUCAUGUAGCUCCAAGUAAUAUUGAAAUGGCAGAUGUCCCAAAUAUUGGACAAGUUCGCUUUCAUAGUAGGAAUGUUGAGAUUGAUCAAGAGAUAAAUAUUGCUGACUUUGCACUAAAUCUGGAACCUUUUGAAAUAGUUGUCUUUGAGUUUCCAAGUAAAGAUUAACUUGUUUUCAAAGAAUUGGUUAAAAAAAUUCUAAACAAAUUGAAAGAUUUUAAGGUCUUAUGUAGGCCAAGUUAUUUAGUAGUAUAUUUAUUGAUAUUUUAGGCACUUUAGGAAAUAAAUUAAAAUAAACAAUUAUUCAGUUAUAUGCAUAAGAAAA